GCUAGUUUGGAGUUGCAAACAGUUGUGAUUUUGGCAUUCCUUCUAAGAGUCGACCACAAAGCUCACAAGCAAAACAUUACUGGCCAGCCAUGGGAAAGUCUAAGUAUCUUUAUUCAUCCAAUAGUGAGUAUUAUCAAAUAUAAUUACAAUGGAAGUGGGGCAAUCUGGGGUAUCCUACAGUGGAGUCUCCAUCUCAGUAAGCGUAGGCUCUAUGCAAAUGGUUCAACAAACGAUAGAUUCAAAAUCUGGUGAGCAUGCGCUUGGCAAUGCUGACAAUAACUUGUCCACACGCGAUAAGCACUUUCCACUUGUUGUAAAGAAGACAGCAUUAAGAGAUGUGCAGAAUGAAAAUAGAAUUCCCAAAUCUGUUGGAAAUUCUCCAUUAUCGAAGGAUGGAGGAAAGACUAUGAAUGGCAUUAAGGUUUCUGGAGCCAAGAGACCAUCAUCUGAGGACCUGAUGUACCGUCCAGUUCCAUGCUAUGAACCUUCUACUAUUGGUGCUCCAAAAUUUCGUCUUGUUUAUGCACGUGGGAAAUCUGAAGCAGAAGUCGGCAAGCUUGGUCAUCCAGAGGAGACUGCUCAACCAAAGCGUCCCCAGAUAGAGUCAAUGUUCUCUACUUUUCCAGCUUUGGUACCUAUGCCCGUGGCUCCUCCAAUAAUUUCAUCCGGAAAACCUUCAGUUCCUCUUCCUCUUGGACAGUCUAGCACGUUUUCACCAGCAGAAUCCAGUUAUCUUCCUGUUGGUUCUAUUGCCCCUUCAUCUAAUCCAAAGGGAGAGAAAAAUAUGCAUAGGGAAGAGCGGUAUCAUCAGUUGCAGAUUUCAUUGAAGAAAUCGGAUGAAUCUGAUCUAGACGAAUACGUCCAGAUGCUCCAGUCAGUUUCCUCAGUUGAGCUUAGCAAGCAUGCCAUUUAGGUAGAAAAGAGAUCAAUUCAACUUUCACUGGAGGAAGCAAAGGAGGUGCAACGAGUUGCGAUUUUAAAUUUCCUGGGGAAAUCCUUGAAGAAUUUUAAAGCACCCUCAGCUCAUCAAAGCCAAUCAGCGAAAUAAGAGGAUUUUUGAAUACCUUGUUCUGUUAUAUUCUCUUGACUAAAGAAGGGUAAAAAAAGAAGAAAGAAAACCUGUCUGCGCUUAUUUUGACUCGACUGCAGUGGCCGUCCUACUAGACUGCCAAUAUUCGCCAUAAUAUUGCACUGGCUGCAUCAUCCAUUCUUUAAUCUCUAGUCUCAAAAUCUUUUGACGUAACUGAAUCCGAACCGUGUUGUAAUAUAAUGCUAGUAAUGUUCAUUUUUAUCCUUUUGUUUUUGUUCUCCCUUCUAUCCCAUGCUUCUAGCUAGUUUUGGAUGUUAUAUUUGCGGCUCUAUUGAAAAAAACAAGCAUCCCUUUGCAAGGGAUUAAUACAAAUUAGCGUUGAACAAUUGAAAGAAUCGAUGCCCUUUUGUA